CGAUGUAGCAACAAAACCUCCGGCAUCUCUGCCCGCCUUUAUUGCAGGGCGAGAGGAGGAGGAGGAGGAAGACGCGGAGCAGCGGCUUGGCAGCGGCGCUCAGCAUGGAGUCCGAGGGGAGCAGAGACCUCAUCUUUCCUACUCCCUCUGAGCCCAGCGAGGCCCCACUGCCCAACCUGACCCCGAGGCACCAGGAGCUGAUCCCGACCCCCUGUGGUCCCAUAAAGCCAUGGUCGGAAUUGUCUUGUCCAGUCAAGGUCUACUUCUGUAUCACGCUGGUGUCUCUGCUGAGCAUCAUCGGGUUAACCAUAAAGACCCUCGUGCAGAAGUCGGAUGAGAACUUCACCAUCUCUCUCAUUCAGCUCAUCGGCGUUGUGUUCUGCAUUUAUUAUGUGACUCGAGGAAUCCUCCAGGAGAAUCGUCAGGAGCUCAUUGUGUUCACCCUCUCCAUCCUGCUGGUGAUGUUGCGAUCCCUGGUGAACUUCCUUGUGCUGGCAGCGGAGGAUAAGCCUAUGAGGAAAGACCCUGUCAUCCUGGCCCGGUUCGUCGUGAUCCUGCUGGUGGGCUUUUUCGAGGUGAUCUGUGCGGUGAUCCUCAUCCAGGGCCGGGGCAUGAUGGCCUUCCGAGUGGGCGGGGCCCUGGAGAGCCUGCAGGCUCAGUACUUCAUGCUCAAUCUCUGCUUCUCCAUGCUGACCUUUGAUCUCCAAGCUCAGCUCUGCCUGUGUGUCCUGAUCCUGACGUCGGGCCUGUACGCCUCGCUGCAGCACAGUCUCAUCCUCAUCAUCGGCGUCCUCUGGGCCGGCCUCAAGGUGACCAUCGGCAUCUUGGCCAUUCUGAGGGAGCUGAAGGCCCUGGUCUGGAUUUUCCUGGUACAGAACGUCCCUGAAGUGGCUUACCUCUUCUAUCUCCUCUACACGAUAAGCAGAGCGUGGGGCCAGGGCAGCUCCUACACCGGAGAGGCGGCGGCCAUCGUGGGCUCCUGCAUCUCUGUAGCCAUCAAGUCUGUCUUGCUUUGGGCCCUGGUCCACGUGUAUCGAAGCUUUGGUCAGGGCCUGAGAGAGAGAAUGUUUUCUUCCUAUGGAAGGAUUGAGUCCUGAGCAGCCCCGCAGGGCCUGGGAGCUCCCCCAAGGCCUCCCCAAGGUCUAGAAUCAGGACAUGGCAGAUGCCCUCCCCUCCCGCUUCUGCUGCUCAUUCUCAGCAGCCCUCCUCGGAUGAUCACUCAUCAGCGCGGACCCCAGCCCCCCAUCCUCCCUGCAUGUGGCAGUGACGUCCAUUGUGCCAAAACCCCAUCCAGAAAUGCCUUGGAGGAGCCUGGGUGCAGGCUUUGCCCCAGCCCCGGCAGGCUGAGGCUGUGACCCUCCCUCCCCCACAGGGCCAGGGCCAGUGAGCAUCUCCAGCAGCUGCCCAGGUUCCGGGAGCCCUGGCCUCCACCGCGCCGGAGGUGGUGCCGGGCCUCAGCUUAGCUCCUCCCGGCCCGGGGCCCUGGCUGGGGUGGGGGGGUUCCCAGCUUCCCUCCUGCAUGACCUGCGGGCCCAGGGCUUCUGGAGAGCUGCCACCAAGGAAAGCAGAAAGGCUUGGGGGUGCCGGGGCGCCCACGGGCCCCUAGGAAAGGCAGUCACAGAUUCCCCACCCUCUUUCAUACUUGUUGCCUCAAUUUCAAGAAAUCUUUCAUACUAAAAAAACAGAGUUUAUUAUUUUAACAAAUGGAGCUUUGGUUACUGGCUUUGUAUUUUUCAAUAAAGUAUGCAGAACACACA